AUAGCGGGAUUGGUUCUGAGAAGGUAUCAGUAUGGGGAAAGAGACCCCUGACUUGACCGACAAGGCCCAAGUCAAGAAGAAAAUAAGGGAUGCUAGGAAAAAGAGGAAAUCACUGUCUUAUGAUGAGUUUGAAGAAGUGUUUGCUCAGUACGACAUUGAUAAGAACGGUAAGCUACAGUACUCUGAGAUGAACAAAUUCAUGAAGGACUUGCUGUUGAGGAUUGAGAAAACUAAAAAGUCUGCAAAGGAGGGGCUAAGUGAAAAGGAAAUGCUCAAGUAUUCUCAGGAUGUGGCCAAACUUAUUCAAAAGUACGAUGAAGACCGAAGUGGAACCCUUGAAAAGCGAGAGGUGGCGAAGAUUCUGAACGUUAAGAUCCCUUUAGACGACUCAUAUACGCUUAAAACAUCCGUGAAGUCGAAGAGCAAGUUGUUCGAAGGAGUCCGGAUACCCUCUUUGUGCGCUGAGACACCAGCCAACACUUGUCAUGAUGUUGACGUUGAUUCUGAAGAGUCAGAUGAGGAAGAGGAGGAGAUCCAACCAUCAGAACAACAAAGUAGAAGAGGAAGCGAGCUGCUCAGAAAAGGAGCUCUAAAGGUAAAAGAAGAAGAAGUACCUGAGAUAAACGGACCGGAUAACUGGCAGUCUGCUCAAAAGGCCUCCUUCACUGAAUGGGUGGAGUGCAAGCUGUCAGACAACGGAUCCGAGUAUAUCGUCACUGAUUUGACUACAGAUCUGGGUGACGGAGAAUUGUUACCCGAGCUGACUCAAGCUCUUACCCAGACUAAAUUUGCCUACAGAGAGGAUCCCAAAAUGACAUUCCACAAAUACGAGAAUAUCAGAAUAAGUUUGGAUGCCCUCAAGGCAGCAGGAUGUAGGUUUAUCAAUAUGGAUGUGGCUGGCGAUCUUGUAUCAGGGAACGAGAAACUGUGUCUAGCGUUUACCAAGGUUCUGCUGACUCAUUUCGGUGGCAAGAAUAUGUUCACACAACCUCAGCCAGGGCUUCUGAGUGUAGUGGACACCGCACAAACUCGACGCCGGAGCAGUGAAUCUGUCACUCUUGAAAAACCUGAAACACCUAGACCUGAACCGGAACCGGAACCUGAGCCAACCUUAUCGAAUCUAUUUCAAACCAGGUCCAGCAUUGAACCUAUCCAACAGCAGAUAGCAGCUGUCCAUAGCCCCCAGGACUGGCCUAAUAAUCGGUCACGGCCGCUGACCCCCGAAUUAAGAUCAUACAGUCCUGGAAGACGAUCACUGACUCCUGAUAAACGAUUACAAACUCUAGAAAGGACAUCCGAGACCCCAGAAAAGCCGACUCUGACGUCAGAAAGACAGUCCCGAACCCUUAUUCUUGUAGAAAAUCGGCCCCUAACUCCUGAGAGACAAAUUAAAAGAAUAGGAUCUCCCCAAAUGGUAAUUCCUCUAAGUUCACCAGAACAGCGACAGAAAGAUACCAAACAAUCGGUGCAACCUAAAACUGUGCAACCAGGCCACCUUAUACAGAAGCCUGUUGCUAUAAGAGCACAGUCAAAACUUCCUGAUGAAACUAUAUUUAAACCUAUCCCCACUAUUGAAAAUGAAGAUCCCCGAAUCGAAGGUGUUCUUGAACUUAAAGAUAAAGAGGCUGAAUCUUUGCUGCCUAAGGAAAGUGCUGUCGAAGAAGUUCCUGUUGGCAUAAUCACCGAACCAGAGGCACCUCCCAAAAGAAAUUUGCAACCUGAUCCUACUCUAUCUUCAGGGAAGAAACUAGAGUUCUUCCUAGGGCGGGGCCCUCCUCCUCAGGUCACGAAAAGUCGGGCCAUCUCUCAGACACAAAUCGAGAAAACGCCCCCGACUAUGCCAAAAACACCUCCUGCUUCUCCACAAAUUAUUCCUAAAAAUGCUGCCUCAGUAAUGUCUCAGCUAAGAAAAGAGACACAUUCGAGGCAAGUGGCGUUGGAAAAACACACGACCUCUUCGGAAACACCAUACCAAACUCGCGAUAGGGAGUCUUUUUUAGGGCUGGGCUCGCCGGCACGGGUCAAGAUGAAACCGACGAAUUUGGUUAUACCGCAGUUCAAACAGAAUGUUGUUAAUGGGCUCACUGAAAUUAUCAGUCAAGUGAACAAGAUGGUCGAGGAAGAUCAUGAGAGAGUUAACAAUCUCUCAACUGACUGGGCUGAUGGGCAGAUCAUCCUCAUCAUCACUGACUGGUUCUCCCCGGGAAUCUUGGAGACUUACAAGCAUGACCACUCCCUCGUUAAGAUAGGUGUUUCUUUAGCCACCCUCAAGCAACUGCUAGAUGUUGGCACGAAGGUGACACCCAUGGAUAUGUACAUGUCAAGAAUAAAUAUGAGUGCUUUUCGGAGAUUCCUAUCCCAAGUUCUAUGGAAAGACAGAGCUCGACAUUUGAAACCCUUCUCAAGGACCUCUGAGAUUCUGAGCAAGGAGAAAGAGAUGAGAAAUAUCGGUGCAAUAUCUGCGAGUCUCACUCGUAAAAAUAAGUUAAUUGCACCCACCGACCGGACAUCACCUCCCAAGGAACUGCUAAUUAAGAAAACUAGUGACCUUAAAAGAAAGGUAUUGUCACAGCAGUUUGUUCCAAAACGGAUGGUGCAGCUGAAACCUGCUAGUGUUACUCCUGAAACCCAAAUAGUGUCCACGCCCCAAAGUAGAAAAGCUGUUCCUGGUAAAGUUGAAUCUUUUCGCGUUCCACCCGUUUUACUCAAGCCUACUUCGAGUUCUCUUUUAAAAUCUGAAUCACACGUCAAAGAAGCGCCACCUGCCGUAUCUAUCAGUGCAUCAACCUCAAUCGUGGAAGAUUCUCCUGUGAGCACUAUUCCUCCUAACAAACCUCCUCGACCAAAGUUUGUCGCCUCUCCCAAUGUUUCCAACGCCAGUGUUGCAGCACCACUAGAAGACGAUUGCUGUUUGUCGACCAUUCCCAAACGAUCAGCCGGAACGGGAACGAAGAGGAGCGAUCGGGGGUUAAGAGCUAAAGACAAGGGUGAUCACUCCCCUCCAAAGACCAGUUUGGAUGAUCUGAGAUCCAACAAAAAAUUGGAUACAGAACCGGAGCCACCUGUUAGAUCAACUUCCUUUGAAAGGGGCCGGCACUAUUCUGCUCCAAACAAACCAAAAAGAGAUUAUUAUCUUACCUCUACGCUUCCCACAAGCACUUCUAACCAUCCAUCUUCAUCUAAACUGGAUCAAUCUAAAUUUGGUCAAGAACCUGACUCAUCACCAGUUCCUGCCUUGUAUCCAGUACCUGGCUUGUCUCUACCAAGCACUACAACACCUCCAGAACCCCCUCCACCAACUAGUAGGUUCACUGUGACCCUUCAACCAAACCUAUCUUUCAACAACAUCACAUCAGAACAAGCUGGUGGUCCCGCAGAGCUUGUGACUAACAGUGAAGAUACUCCUCCAUUAGGUGAUGUCAAGGAUACAGAGAUUACGACAGACCAAAAUUUAGAUUUGGAGCAGAGGAUGAUGACUGAUGCUGAUGGUGCGGAUGAUAAUGCAUCCAUAGACAGUUUGGAGGAAAUCGAUAUAGAGUACAACAAGAACGUUUCUAAAAUGAUCGCUGGUUUCAUUGAUAAUGAGCUAGAUGACGAAGAGAAAACUGUAAAUGCUACCCUGGAUGCCGACUCACCUAAUUCGCCCAGAUCCAAGAACAAGAAAGUUCGCUUCCGGGAGGAACACGAAGUGCACACUAUUGCUACGUUGAAAGAUGUCAAUUCAUCUAACAAGAAGGAAACUUCUAAGAGAAAGAAGGAUAAGAAGGAAAAGAUGCCUGCAGAAAAGAAAGAAGUGAAGAUUGAAGCUACGAAUGAAAAUGUUGAAGAAGAUCGGUUAGAUAGAGUUGGCAAAAAUCUGCUUCAGGAUUUAGCAGACUAUUUCAGCACAUCAGUCGUGGAACCUGGAAGCGUAGCAGAUACGGACGGAAAGCCGGAGACACAAAACAACACUAACUCUUUACAACUAGAGGACUUCUUAUCUGCAACGUCCAGCUUCAAGAAAGGUUACGAUCAGAUUGAUGUGAACGAGUUAGUGUCUAGAUCCCUUAUAGAGGCGGGGAUACCACCGGAAACAGAACGAAGUUCUCUUUUAGUAGAGGAAUCAGAUGAGGGGUUUGAAGAAGACAAAGCAGACGACCUGUCCUCUCCUCUGAUGAGUGAGAGUGAGCAACAGCCAAGCUAUUUUGAUAUAAUAUCCAGGAGAACCCCUGAGGACAAUAGUGGUGAGGGUGUUGUGAGGAGAUAAGAGGAGGGUACUCUCACUCCUUUGUUUUACCAAUCCUAAGUGGAAACUUUCUUCCUUGGAAGCGCUGUUGUUGAGUUUAAUAGCUAGAUGAGG